UCCCGGGUGGCCUGUCCACAUGCGCAGAAAGUAGGGCCAGCGAAGACGUUUUACGACGCCCGCUUCUCGAAAGCGCUUUCCUCGGGGCAUGCGUUUCAGGGCGCGCCCAGCCGGCUGCGAGCGAGUAGAGAACCGUGUGGCUUGAGCGGCAGGUGAACUGGCGGCGGAAGCGCUGCCCACGCUCGCGCAGGGCGGCUGUGGCGCCUGACGUGCGAAGGAGUGCGCGACGAUGGAUCCCGCAGUGCAGGUGGCGACCGACGACACGUUUGCGGCGUUUGACGAGAAAGCAUUGCCCCCCGCCACCGGUGCUUGAAGCGGGCAUCCACACGGCGUCUCAUGACCGGCUUCAACGGAACCCCUGCACUAAGUCGGAAGCCUGUGGAAACAUGCGCACGCUCGGUUUUCUUCUCGCCUUCUCGCUGGUAAGCGGCAACGACCUGAACGAUUGCCGUUGUGCUUGGCUUGGACUCGACCAGCAGCAGCAGCUCGCGAUCUACCAGGGGCGACCGCCAGAGACGCCAUCAGAUGGUGCCGUAGUACCAGCGGCUUGGGCCUGCUUUCAGAACCGCAUCUACGAAGAAGGAUGGUCCUACCUGGAAGUGGAGACGAACCCGGAAGUAGAAGAUGGCAUCCAGGCAUACGCGGCCGGCGCUCUUGAGGCAGAUUUGACUCGUCAACUUAUGGAGAAUCACUGGUUGAACAUGUUCGGCGGAUACUGUCGUGGCAACCGCCUUUAUUGUAACCGUCUUCGCCGGUUUUUCGAUGCCUACCUCAGUUUCUCCCAGGGAAUGCAAGACUUACAUCGGGAGACGGACUCCUACUGGCGCAUGGUUGAUUUACAGAUGACGCAGCUUGCCGGUCUCAACGACGUUUUCGAAAACCAACAGCUCAACUACAAGAACCGCUUAACAAGAACAUCGAGAGUUUUGCUCCUCUCAGCGAUGGGUGAUUUAAUGGAGUUGGAGGUGAAGUUCGGCCGCCUCAAAGACCCGCAUUCUCUGAUGGCUUUGACCUGCUCAGCACUUAUCAAGAUUGCGCCUGGAAACAAGGACAUCUACUUCGCCCAUACCAGUUGGUUCACUUACAGAAGUAUGCUAAGAAUGCAGAAGAAGUACAAGCUGCCCUGGCACACAGCCGCACAAAGCAACAUGACAGGCCGCAUUGUGCCCGGCCACACCAUAACCAUGUCAUCUUAUCCUGGCUGUCUCAACUCGUUUGAUGACUUCCAUUUGACGUCCGCAGGCUUGGCGGUGAUGGAGACAUCAUUGAAAAAUACCAACCACCAGUUGCUACGCUAUGUACGUCCCAACGGCGGUCCGCUGACUUGGGUCCGGAACAUGGUCGCCAGCAGACUCUCUACCAGCGGCUCGCAAUGGGCCGCCAUCUUCUCCAGGUUGAACAGCGGAACGUACAACAACCAGUGGAUGGUUCUGGACUACAAGCUGUUCAUGCCAUGGGGAAGCCUGCAACCCGGAACGCUAUGGAUAGUGGAGCAACUGCCGGGUAUUAUGGAAAGUGCAGACAUCACCACAGUUUUGCAGAAACAGGGCUACUGGGCCAGCUACAAUGAAGCGUACUUGCCAGCUAUUGCACUUGAGACACGUCCGCCGGGAUGGGAACGAGCCAGGAAUCACUAUGCCCUUUCGCCUCGAGCUCACACAGUUCGCGUGAUGCAUGAGCAUGCGACGGACAUGGAUGCCAUGAAAGCAUUUAUGAGGUUCACAGUGCAAAGUGGUGUGUGCCCACUUCCCUGCAACUACAGCCAACCGAUACGCGACGAGGUAGCUUCUAUGUGUCCGCGCUUCGACUUGCUGCCGCGCGGUCCGUCAGGAGGGACGGACACAAAGAUUACCAACAGUGGCCUGUUCGAGUCCCUGGAGUUCGAGGCCGCGAGCGGACCGACCGCGCAGGGCGUGCCGCCGUUCAGCUGGCACCGCAGCCCGUUCCGCGCAGUGGCUGCGCACUAUGGCCAGCCGGACACGUGGCGAUUCGGAUUCGUGCGACACCACUGGGGUCACUGCUCGAUCCCAAAUGAUUGGCUUUUCUAAGGCCAGCCUUACCGCGUCUACACAGCGCAGAUAUGAAGCAGUCGUCUCAUUCGGUGGCGAAUGUUUUCAGCACCGCCAAUGGUAUGGCGCCCUGUCGGUACGCUGACCAACGAAUGACCCCGUGCAGAAGCUCAGAAGGAGUUACGGUGCCCAACAUUUCAAGCGGCGACGCCAAAUGGCACCUUCCCGCUCGUCGUGCGACUUAAUUAGAACGCUUACACAAUUUUAGCAUGCACACUCGCAGUGUUGUCUAUUGCGAUUGUGUCGAAAAGCAUCGCAAACGUCGUUUGAAUUCAUUCUUGUUAUGUAAAGAAAAAUCACAGAAGGAUCCAUAUUUCAAAACUUAAUCACUUCCUUCGAAGCUUACCAAAGUGAAAUUACAACCGAAGAGUACUGACCGCAUGCAGGACAUCCGGAUUUGGAAAAUGCGGAGAACAUCGUCUGCGUUGUGAUCUCGGCAUGUCGGACUGACGUCAAUUCAUUUGGCUGCUCAAAAAAUUAAUUUAUACUGACGCUGUUGCUGCUGGGUACCACAUAAAGUGCCAAGCAAGUUUUCAACCUUAAAAAGAGAUUGCGUUGUUUUAUAAUACGUCGACCCCAAGCACUGCGAAAGAGUAACGAACGGAAAAAUUGGCAAAAAGUUCCUUUCUUUGUGGAAUCACAAAGCUUUUUCUUCCACAAUAGGGAAAUAUUUUAAAGCACGGACUGGUGGACUAGUUGAUAUCACAAUAUUUACACAGUAUCGCAGGAGCACAUGGCGCUGUGUCCCAUCUUUUUCUUUCGUCUUCCAUGUGCUUCUGCGCUACUUCGUAAAUAAUGGGAAAUUUCCAACAAUUUGGCCACGCUCCUAGCACCUAUACAUGUGUGGCCCGAACGAGCACUUGCAUCUUCAGUUAUAGAGGAAAUCGUAGGGGAAAUUUAAAUGACCGGAAUAAAACUGCAAAAUAUUUCAUUUCUGUACUGUAAUUUUCUAGAAAUGUGUCAUCGGUGAUGUCUUAAACGCGCCCGCGCAACACUGAGGGCGACUGUAUUCUAAAUGUGAGGAAAGCCGAACUUCUUUUCAGAAAAAGCUGCCAUAGACGGCGUUCAAAUUUCCAAAUGGAAGAGCGUUUCCUUCUUGGCAUUCGACAAUUGUAUGAGUCAAUCAUUAUAACCAAAUUUACCCUCGGACAAAGCUUUUUUUCUUUUUAAGUUUUGUUUCUCGGCUUCUUAGCGUAGGUCGCGUGAGAUUUUCUCCUUUCUAACCAUCGCUGCUUCAGUGGAGAGUCACUAUAGCCAGAAAUCUCGUUUCACCCAGGAAAAGUUAAUACGACUCCUCUGUCAGGCUACUGUGAUGCGCGAAACAUAGCACAACAAUCUGAUAGACCACGACUAAGAAGCAACAUUAGAGAUGUUUUAGAACAGGGGCGCCAAGAGCUUUGUGUUUGUUAGCACUGGGGCACGCAGGAGUGAAUACUUCUAGAGUAAAGUUCUGGGUUGGCGGAUAGCGUCUUGCGCAUGCAGUGACACUAUGGCAUCAAUUAAAAGCUAGCAUAAAUAAAUAUAUAAAAUGUACCAUUUCAUGAUAAUAAUGGUAAUUUUGACAUUCCUGUAUCCGCAGUUACUUGCAAUUUAGAGGUUAUUCUAUUAGCAGCAAGCAAUUAGUUGUGCGUAAUUUGGGUAGCCAACUGUACGUUCCUUCAUCAGCCAAGUUACACCGUGUUGGGCACACGAGCCAUGAAAUCGACAAUCGGAUUCAGAAUCAGAAGUGUCUAAUGAAUAAUUCUUCACAACACACGCUAGCUCAAAAACAUUGAUAACCGCAGUCAGUUCUCCUACCUUGCGAACUUUGAGCGAUACCACGAGUCGAGCCCAGUUUGGUGCAAAGUUAGAGCUAGUGGUGUGCGCCGAGACGUCCACGCGCUGCGCUGCCGACUGUUCUCGCUGCGCCGUCGCCACCGAAGCAAAACUGAUCAGCGCGCCGCUGCCGCUCUUGCUCAGCGAGAUCAGCGCACCAUUUUAAUAUGAAUAAAUAUUUUUUUGAAAUAAAUCCAGCUUCGUUUGAGAUA